GGGGCGGGGCUGCGCUCCGGCUGGGGGGGGGCGGGGAAUUUCCCGGCCGGGAGGAAGCGCCGAGCGGCCGCGCAUGGAGCGCUGAUACAGCGGCCGCCCCGUCCCGUCCCGUCCCCGAGCCGGAGCCGGAGCCCGAGCGCCGGAGAGCCCGCGGCCGAUAAUGGCAGAAGAGGGUAACUAUCGAAUACCCAGUAUCUACAACAUCGAUGACUACACAGCAUUGGAUCUCCCCGGAGUGAUGUUCAACCCCGCCAGUGGUCCCACAGACUCACCCCUCCACACACCCGAUGGACCUUACCUGCAGAUCCUCGAGCAGCCCAAACAGAGAGGAUUCCGUUUCCGCUACGGAUGUGAAGGUCCGUCACACGGAGGAUUACCUGGGGCUUCCAGUGAGAAAAACAAGAAGACCUACCCCACUGUUAAGAUCUGUAACUACGUGGGACAUGCCAAGAUCGUGGUUCAGCUGGUGACCGCCGGCCGCGAUGUGGUUCACCUGCAUGCACACAGCCUGGUGGGCAAACAGUGCGAGAAGGGCAUCUGUCUGGUCCAGAUCGGCCCCAAGGAGAUGACAUCCACAUUCCCAAACCUCGGCAUCCUCCACGUGACCAAGAAGAACGUGGCCAGCACGCUGGAGCAGCGGAUGAGCCAGGCCUACCUGAUGGGCUACGACAACGGUGUGGUGAUCCACCCUGAGCUCAACCACCGGCACAGUGAGGGCUACGGCCAGAUGGAGCUGACAGAGCGGGAGAAGGAGCUGAUCCACAGUGCGUCCGUGCAGCAGGCAAAGGAGAUGGACCUGAGUGUGGUGCGCCUCAUGUUCACCGCCCUACUGCCCGACAGCAGCUGCCGCUUCACCCGCAAGCUGGAGCCCAUCAUCUCCGACCCCAUCUACGACAGCAAGGCACCAAAUGCAUCGAACCUGAGGAUUGUGCGGAUGGAUCGGACAGCUGGGUGCGUUGUUGGAGGGGAUGAGGUUUAUCUGCUCUGUGACAAAGUCCAGAAAGACGACAUCCAAGUUCGCUUCUAUGAAGAGGAUGAAAAUGGAGGAAUUUGGGAAGCAUUCGGGAACUUUGGUCCGACGGAUGUUCAUCGCCAGUUCGCGAUCGUGUUUAAAACUCCAAAGUACCGGGAUGUGGACAUUUCCAAACCCGCCUCAGUGUUUGUCCAACUUCGCAGAAAAUCCGACAACGAGACAAGCGAACCAAAACCCUUCACGUACUACCCGCUGAUUAAAGAUAAGGAGGAAGUGCAGAGGAAACGACUGAAGCUUUUGCCGAAUUUCUCCGACCACUUUGGUGGAGCGGGGUCAGGUGGAGGAGUUUACGGAGGAGGGGGUGGAGCUGGUGGGGGCUCCAAUUACUUCACAGGAUUUCAAGGAUAUGCCAACUUUGGAAAUUAUGCCUACCCUCCAGGGACCACGAACUCCAGUCCUGGCAUGAAGCAUGCCACAGUGGAGCCUGGACCCGACCUUGCAGAGAACUCCACAUCCCCCCACCCUGCGGAGAACUCCACACACCCGCACCAACUCACCACACGGCCUGGAACCACCUCAACGGCACUGAACCAGGAGCCUCAGGACCCAAACCUGUUCUUCCUGGAGAAAGCUCUGGACCUGGCAGAGAGACAUGCUCGAGCCUUGCUGGACUAUUCGAUGUCUGGAGACGCCAGGAUGUUGCUGGCUGUACAACGCCACCUCACUGCUGCCCAGGACCAGAAUGGAGACGCGGCCCUACAUCUUGCGAUUAUUCACCUCCAGCCGGUCGUGGUACAACACCUUCUCCAGGUUAUCGUCAGCCUCCCCGGGCACGACAUCGUCAACAUGAGGAACGAUCUGUAUCAGACCCCUUUGCAUUUGGCCGUUAUAACCCGACAGGCCGAGGUGGUGGAGCUGUUGCUUCAGGCCGGAGCUGAUCCCAGCCUCCUGGACUGCCACAGUAACUCUGUCCUUCACCUGGCUGCGGAGCAGGGAGAUGUGAAGAUGUUGAAUGUGCUGCUGGGAGAAAGGAACAAAGUUGUAAUGGACCUCCUGCCCCUUCCGAACAAUGCAGGGUUCAGUGCCAUUCACCUAGCCGUGUUGGCCAACAGCCUGUCGUCCCUGAGGCAGCUGCUGGCAGCUGGAGCAGAUGUGAACACUCCGGAACAGCGCUCGGGACGCACCGCGCUGCAUCUUGCAGUUGAGCAGGAGAACAUCUCGCUGGCCGGAAGCCUCCUCCUUGAGGCAAGUACAGAAGUCGAUGCAGUCACGUUUGAUGGAUCAACUGCACUUCACAUCGCUGCAGGGAGAGGCUCAACCAAACUCUGUGCCUUACUGAUGGCAGCAGGGGCAGAUCCUCAGAUCGAGAACCAUGAGCCGUUGGACAACAGAAGUGACGAGAGGCUCGAGGACACCGAUGACGAAGGAAUCUUCCGUGGCACCACCCCACUUGACAUGGCAGCCACAGAGGAGGUGUAUGACAUCCUAAACGGCAAACCUUACCAACCGAAAACACAAUCUGUGGCUCCUUUCCCACAAGGGGACCUAGGGCAACUGGACAAAGAAACGAGGCUGGAGUUGUGUAAACUGCUGGAAGUGACGGAGCCCAGCCUGAACUGGAUGACCCUGGCACAGAAACUGGGCCUUGGCAUCCUGAUUAAUGCCUUUAAACUCAGCUGUUCCCCAGCCAAGUCCUUGCUGGAUAACUAUGAGGUGUCUGGUGGGACGCUGCUGGAGAUUCUGGAAUCCCUGAAGGCCAUGGGCUACAGUGAAGCAGUGGCCGUACUUGCUAAAGCAAUGGCCAACUCAGCAACUACACAAGUAAAUGAAGAGUUGAAUUCAUCAUCCCCUGCUGAGCAGAACGCCGUCCAGGUUGAAGCCAAGUCCCAGCAGUGUGACAGUGUGUGCGACAGCGGGGUAGAGACCUCAUUUAGGAAACUCAGCCACUUCUCUUCAGAGUCUUUCACCAACGAAGCUUCUUUCAAAAUGUGAGCCUAGACCAGUGACCGAAGCUAAUCUCCACCUGAACCUAUUGGAAUGAGAGACAUACCCAGCCCAUCACUGUGGCUGCAGUUUGAUUAAUGCCAGAAGGCCUAAUUGUUUUAAAUAUCUGACAGUUCAGUGCUUCAAAUUAAUUAAAUAAGUUCUCAAACCUAAUGGAAUAUACCCAGCACACUCAGCCUUAUUAUUAUUUUUAUUUUAAAAUAUGUUCAGGUCAAAGUAGAACUGAGGCUGCCAACGUUCUCGGAUCUUCAUCCCACAGCCCGACCAUACCCCUGCAGUACUGUCAGCGGAUGAGGUGUCAGUCUGCCAGGUGGAUGUACAGGUUCCUGGGGCACUGUUGCAGAGAUCAGUGGAGACUUUCCUAGUAUCCUGCCAAUGUGGUUAGUAUCACAGCGCUGUUUGUGGGAUCUGGCUGUGCACACUUUGGCUGCAGUAGUUCCUGUAUUACGACAGUGUCUGUUUCAGAAAUGUCGUUAGCUGUAGAGCUGGCGCUGUUCUGAGGCUGUGAAGGGCGCUGUAGGCAGGUCUCAGGACUGAUAAACAAAGCUUCACCCCUGGGCUCCUCCUCCCUCCGCUUCCCGGGAGCUGGUUAUUUUUGCAAAGACAACCCGUUGUGUGUGUUGGGGGUGGGCGGGAGGAAGGGGUUUGGAUUCUCGAUGAGCCAAACUGCAAAUCAUUUUUACAAAAAACUGGAUUGUUCAUGUAGCGGUAGCUCAUCAUUAAUCGUUUACACAUUCCAACCCGAUCCUGUAAAUAGUCCCGGCAGCUGGUAUUCCGAAAUUUAUAUUUUUGCUUGAAAUACUUACUUUGAAAUUGUAAGCUUUUUUUAAAUAAACAAUUAAAAAUGGAUCAUUGACUACAA